GACCGGUUCCAUGGAAGUGAGACCAGAGUGGCGGCAGCCGGUGCAAUGUGCGCAAGCGCGGAGCUGAGGUGACCGAGAAGGCGGCAGCGCGCAAGCUGAUGAGAAAAGGGCUGAAGGUUCGAGACUGGAAAUUGGGUCCCGGCUACGGCGGACGGCCUCGGCCUGCACUCUCUGCUGAGCCCCGGAGUGUACGAAGCCCUCUGAGCCCCUGACCGACCGACCUCUCCUGUACCCAAGUUUAGCCGGGCUUAAAAAAAAGUUCCAUUUGCUAGUAUAGUUUCAGAAUGUCAAGUACUGUAUCCUGCCGGAUCUUAAAUUCUGCAAGGAACCACCUUGCCACAUUCCAAGGGGGCAGACGCUUAUACUCAAGGUGUAUUUCAAAUAGGAAUCAAUCGAAAUGGAGGCUCUUUUCCCGGGUGCCACUUACCCUGAAAAACAGUUCCCCUUGUGGUGGCUUUGCUCUGCGGAAAGCCUACAGACACACAUCAACAGAGGAAGAGGAUUUCCACUUGCAGCUCAGUCCUGAGCAGGUAAAUGAAGUGCUUCGUGCUGGCGAAUCAGCCCACAAGAUGAUUGACUUGAACAGUGCAGUUCCAAAUUCAGUAUUGCGGUUUGAGAGUAACCAGCUAGCUGCCAAUUCCCCAGUGGAGGACCGGCGAGGUGUAGCCUCCUGCUUGCAGACAAGUGGACUGAUGUUUGGCAUCUUUGAUGGACAUGGUGGUCAUGCAUGUGCGCAAGCAGUGAGUGAGAGGCUCUUCUAUUAUGUGGCAGUGUCCCUGAUGUCCCACCAGACCUUGGAGCAGAUGGAGGGAGCAAUGGAGAACAUGAAGCCCCUGCUGCCCAUCCUGCAGUGGCUCAAACACCCUGGGGACAGUAUCUAUAAGGAUGUCACUUCAGUGCAUCUUGACCACCUCCGUGUCUACUGGCAGGAGCUACUUGAUUUACACAUGGAAAUGGGACUGAGCAUUGAGGAAGCAUUAAUGUACUCAUUCCAGAGACUGGAUUCUGAUAUCUCACUGGAAAUCCAGGCCCCACUGGAAGACGAAGUGGCAAAGAACCUGUCACUUCAGGUUGCCUUCUCUGGGGCAACAGCUUGUAUGGCCCAUGUCAACGGAGUUCACUUGCAUGUGGCAAAUGCUGGUGACUGCCGGGCCAUCCUUGGUGUUCAGGAGGACAAUGGUAUGUGGUCAUGCCUACCCCUUACCUGCGACCACAAUGCCUGGAAUCCAUCUGAGCUCUCCCGGCUUAAAAGGGAGCACCCUGAGUCAGAGGACAAGACAAUCAUCAUAGAUGACAGGCUGCUGGGUGUCCUCAUGCCCUGCAGGGCAUUUGGGGAUGUUCAGCUGAAGUGGAGUAAAGAGCUUCAGCGAAACGUCCUGGAAAGGGGCUUUGAUACUGAGGCCCUCAACAUUUACCAGUUCACCCCCCCACACUACUAUACUCCACCCUACCUGACUGCCAAACCUGAGGUUACAUACCACAGACUGAGGCCCCAGGAUAAGUUCCUUGUGCUGGCCUCAGAUGGCCUCUGGGACAUGCUGGGCAAUGAGGAUGUGGUGAGGCUGGUGGUGGGGCACCUGUCCAAGGCGGGUUGCCAUAAGCCAGACCUGGCCCAAAGACCCGCCAACCUGGGGCUCAUGCAGAGUCUGCUGCUGCAGAGGAAAGCUAGUGGGCUCCAUGCAGCUGACCAAAAUGCAGCCACACACCUGAUCAGACAUGCCAUUGGGAGCAAUGAGUAUGGGGAGAUGGAGCCAGAGCGACUGACAGCAAUGCUGACAUUGCCAGAGGACCUGGCAAGGAUGUACAGGGAUGAUAUCACUGUCACUGUGGUAUAUUUUAACUCAGACUCAAUAGAUGCAUAUUACAAGGGGAGUUAAGAGUUUCCCAUCCUAUUGCCAGGUUAACAUAAAUGCUCUUUAAAACAUUUCUCUUACUUUUAAAUAAGCUAUGCAAAUAUCACUGUUGAAAGGACAGGCAGAUAUUAGCUUGCUGAAUAUUUGACUAACAGGAGAAGAGGGGGAAAACAGCUAAGGUUUAAAAAUAGUAGCAGUGAUUUCAUAUCCCUGAAUGUACUGGCUAACUCUCCUAUGCAGAGAGGGCAGAGGACCAUAGAAUUGGCCUGGGCUUAUAUAGCUCAAAUCCUUUGUAAAGACACUGAUAAACUGUGUCAUCCUGAACUUUCAAAGGGCAAAUUUAAUCAUCAUUCUAAGCAUAAAAAACUUUAAGAUCUUCUGAGAUUCAACUGCAAAAUCUGCAGAUGAGAUAAUUCUGAAUUCACAAUCAUGUACUCUAGGUUUAUGAAGUUUUUCAUUUAAUUAUAAAGCCUAGGUUUACAAAGCAUACUACAGUACACUUUUCUAUGUAAUAUUCUAUUUUUGUGAAUGUUUUUGUGAGGAUAUUCUGUAAAACUACAUUCUAGUUCUGUUGUAAGAUAUUUACAAAUUAAUCCUCAAACUCGUAAGCAGGCCUACUGUAAGCAUGUUUGGGUCACAUUGUCUUGUUUUUCAGCUGAGGGUAACAGGGCCUAGACCUCUGGACCAGCUGAAUUUACUUGUAUAGCAUUUGGUUUCCUCCACUGAGUCUCACUCCAGAAACUUUGAGCUAUACCAGGAGGUAAUUUAUGUCUAAUCCUUAACUCCUGGCCUUUUUCUUGCAUUAGGAAAAUCCUUCUGGGGCUUAUUUAAUGAACCCCUCCCUGGAGGGAUUAUUUAUAGCAUUUAGUCUUUCUGAUUAUAUCUCUCAAACAUUCUUCUGUUAAUUCCAUCUGACACGGUCCUUCUACAUCUGCCCAGUCUUGCCCUGCAGCUGCUGACUACACGAGAGUAUCUUAGAAAGUCUUUCACCUGUUCCCUACUCAAAUGGGUUUCCAGAAAGGAGACAAUGUCAGCAUGUGUGAUAGUUGUGAUGGACAUUUAGGCAGGAGGCAGAAUUAUUCAGUGGACUUAAGAUUCACCCUGAAUCUGAAGAAGUGAAAAUAUAAGGGUCUAAAGAGAACAGCCACUAGCUGAGGCUCUCUUCAUCCUGAGGGGCAAUGAGGAGGGAGGAGUGAGACUUAUCAGAUGGGACAUCUACCCUAGACUGCAAUAAAUUGCCAUUGCUACGCCUCAGGAAUUAGACCAUGUUUAGUACAGGAGUUAAGGCAAAAAUAAUAAUUUAGCUUGUGGUGCUUUCCAUGGGCCACAGAGUCUAUUUACUUAAAAAUUAACCCACAUGGAUCCUUUUUGGGGAUCAGUUUCCUCUUCUCGGGUACAUCUGUGGCAUUUAAACAGGAAAUGUGUCCCUAAAUGGAAACACAAAUAUAAUCCCACAAAAUUGACAGUUUUAGUUUUCCUGAACUGCAUCAGGCAGAAUUCUUCAGUGCAUUACCCUCUCUGCUCACCCUGCUUGCCAUCCACUGAAAAGAAAAGCAAAUAGUCUGAGUGGCUUCCUCUUAUUUGUGUUCCAGCUGACAUUCAAUCAAGAGUUGGGACAUGUCGUGUGGAGACAUAUCUUUCUAUAUUAUCCAGUACACCUGUUUAGAGACAUGGCUUUAUCCAAGAUAUUCUCUUUUGAGUACUUAAGUCUUGGUCUUUUUGUUCUGAAACAAUUACUCCUUUUGAUCUCUCAGAAAUAAAAUGUGAAUCACUACCAUUCUGUUAACAUGAAGGUUCCCUGUUCAAACUGAGGUGAGGACUCUGCUUGUCUAACAUUUUUAUUUGUCCUUUGUUUUCCAUGCCAACUAAACCCUGGAGCCUUAACUGGCAUAGAGUGAAUCCUACUUUGGAUGCAUGGUUCAUAAACGUAUCUGAUUCAGUAGCUUGAGUGGCAGCUGAGAGAACACAGAUUUCCCACCUGUGUCUCUAAGCCUGUUUUUUUUCUCUGCCUAAUAGAUUUUCCUGCUUUCUAGUUGGUAUAUUGAGAGGGAAGAAUGGCACAUUUAUUAUCUGUCUUUUUUCUGCUAUGAACUGUCAGUUCUUCCCAUGAGUACACUAGGGAGUAUAACCUUCUGAUUAAACCCCAGUGUAUCUUCUCCUGACCUUAGUUCUUGUCAGUAGCCUUCCUGAAGCACAUGGUCUACUGCUUUGGGACACUGCGAUUGGAGAGGAAGUUAGCAGUCUUUAUCAGAUCUUGCAAAGCACUUGUCAUUCCUUUUAUAUGGAGAUUUCAAUUUUGAGACUUUUAAAAUGAAUUUUUUUAAAAUGAGAUUGGCCAUCUAAUAUUUUAGAUGUAACUUUGAAGGAAGUAUGCUUUGGUGCUUAAAAUUAUUUAUUAUUUUAGGUAUGAAACUGAUAAUGGCAUAAUUUAGAUACUAUUUAUAUAUAAAUAAUAUAGCUCUGUCAAUUCUGGGUCAAAAUGGAUGGAGAAGAUGAUAUUCUCAAUUCACAUUGGUAUCAUGGAUCAUUACUAAGAUUCAGCUUUCUGGGGCUAGGGAUGUAACUCAGUUGGUAGAGUGCUAACCUUGCAUGUACAAGGCCCUGGGUUCAAUCCCCAGCACUACCAAAAAAAAAAAAAAAAAAAAAAAUCAGCUUUCUGAGAUGUUAUUUGUAUAUUAAAGCUAAUUUAUUAUAAGGAAAAUGUAAACUUUGGGGUAUGAACAUAUUUCUCCCAGGAGUACAUUUGGCCUAAAAGAUGUGAUAUUAUGUGCCCUGGAUAAAGUUCAGUUUGAGACACAAUCAAAUUGGCACCUUUUAAACAUAAGUGAAACAUAAACAACUUGAACUUGAAUUAAUUGAAGAAAACUGUAAUUAUGUGGAACCAAAAAAAAAAAAAAAGUGUUCAAAAUAAGUCUGGCUGGACUCUUUAGUCCAUCAGCCCUUAGUGAUCCAUCUUUAUUUGACAGCUUUUGGGAAGUCUUAAAUUCCCAGGUCAAACCAGAAUAUCCUGGAACUGAGCCAACCUAGUUUCAUCAGAAAAUGGUUCACUUGUCUCUGAAAUGUGAUCCCCAUGGCAGAAAAAGCCCUGGUGUAACCUUGGAACUGGGGGACCCAGGCUUGUGAAAGAGCUGCCACAUGCAUGACCUGAGGGGAAGGUAUGUUUGGGCUGCUGUAUAACCAUCUCCUGAGCUGACCCAGGCUCCGUUCCUUCCUUCUGGGGCACCUGAUGUCUAACUUGCCUCCCGGAAAAUAUUUAUCAGCAUUUUCUUGGUAUAAUUAUUAACCAUUUUCUAUAAUAAUUACUGGCAUUUGUAUUUUGGCAUUGUAACCAAUGUUCAUAUUUGGCACUGAUUUUCUCUAAUCAUUAGUGAUAUUUAAGCAAAACUUGUAAAUAAAAGAAGCAAAAUGAACUUUGACUUCCUUUGGUGUGACCACU